GCUCCGCUGCUCCGCUUCAUCUCGUUUUGGGAAGUUGUGGACACGGACUGGGUCUGGUUAGGUCCCUCCUUCGACUUUGCUGCUCCAGUUCGCAUCACUUUAUGGCUUCACCACCAGACGCAACGCUAAGACAGAGUGAAGACAACGAACAUGACGAUGAUGGAGGGAACUCUCUGUUGAGGCGAUCGUGGCAUGCGAUGUCCGAGAUUCUCUCUCCAUUCUCGCCGUCUGCAUUGGCUUCGCUCCCGAAGAGAACAUUCCGCCGUCGCCCCAGAUACACCCGCACCGACAAUGUUCCUGAGGCGGAGCGCGACGAGCACGGCCAAAUGCCGACGGUGCGGGACUACCAUGCAAUCAACAGCGUGCCGCCACAGGUACGGGUUCCAAAGAAGAUUGCGACGCCCAUCAAGGUGGAAGGCAAAGUAUGGUUUGCGAAUGAACGGACUUGGAUUUCCUAUCUGAACAUCGCCGUACUGGUCGGAACGCUGGCCAUGGCAUUGUUUAACGCCUCAAAGGAUCAGAUCGCGCGCAACUUUGCAUAUGCAUAUGCGGCGAUUAGCGUCGGCAUCUUGGUCUAUGGCUACGUCGUAUACCAGCACAGAAUCACGAUGAUUCAGAAGCGUGAUCCGGGGCCUUUCGACCAGAUAGUCGGCCCCGUUGUCAUCAGCGCUUUCCUCUUCGCCGCGAUUCUUGCCAAUUUUAUCAUACGAGUGCGCGAACUGCAACGGAAAGAAACCCCGAUCCCCGGAUUAUUUUUUCUGAAUCCGCGCCAGGCAGGGUAAUGUUUCGAGGAUGCUCUCACAGCGCACGAGGCUCUGUGGUUUCACCACCUGAUUCGCACUGUCUGGCAGUUUAUACCAUUCCUCGCUAUGUAUCACUAGCACUCUGCGACGUCUAUGGUAUCCGUACCUGCUGCAACUGCCACCGUGAUCUACUGAGACACAUGAAACGCUUCGGUUUCACACGAUGGUCGCUUUAGGACGUUGAGUGUCGCUUUCAUUCCGUGGGCCAGGCGCGGGAACGGUAAUUAGAUGUCUUCAACUGAAUUCCAGUCAAGCAGUCAUCCUAUCACGUAGGUCUAGCUGACAAUCCGCGCAUUUGCGGAUGGUUUGAGUGAACCUCGGCGACUGUGAUUGGGUUUCGA